UGUUGCAUUGCAGUCACAGAACAGCCAACGGCGUCCGGGUAUUCACAGUAGCAAGCAUCUUAUCUUGGUGCGGGUAUGUAUCUUUGGCUGACGAAGUAGAGAUAGAGUGUGGGGACAUGGAGCCCGGCUUCGAUACGAUUGCCGUCCAUGGUGGGCAGGAACCCGAUCCCAUUAACGGGUCAAGAGCCGUACCCCUUUACCAGACUGCGGCGUAUAACUUCUCCGACGCCGCUGAUGGAGCAAGCAAAUUUGCUUGGUCCAGGGACGGGUAUGUCUACACGCGUAUGGGCAACCCUACCAACACGGUCUUCGAGAAUCGAAUGGCUAUGCUCGAGGGGGGUGUAGGAGCUGUGGCGACUGCAUCCGGUCACGCAGCACAGUUCAUGGCAUUGACGCAAUGUUGUGAACCCGGACACAAUUUUAUAAGUACUAGUUGGUUAUAUGGCGGCUCUUUCAACCAAUUUCGAGUAUACUUGAGCAAAUUUAAGAUCGACGUCAAAUGGGUCAUCGGGAACGACCCUGCGAAGUUCGACGCGGCUAUAGAUGAGAACACGCGGGCCAUCUACAUCGAGACGAUCAGCAACCCCAAGCACAGCGUUCCCGACAUCGCAGCGAUCGCCGCCGUAGCUCAUAAGCACGGCAUCCCUUUAAUUGUUGAUAAUACCUUUGGCAUGGGCGGGUAUCUAUGUCAGCCAAUUAAACUUGGGGCUGACAUCGUUACCCACUCGGCGACGAAAUGGAUCGGUGGACACGGAACCAGCAUGGGCGGUAUUGUGAUUGAUGGUGGGCACUUCGAUUGGAGCGCUUCGGGAAAGUUCCCCGGGUUUACGGAGCCUGCAGAAGGAUACCACGGGAUGAGAUUUUGGGAGACAUAUGGUAACAAGGCUCUAUCGGCUAAGCUGCGGAUGGACAGCAUGCGUGAUCUCGGCCCCUGCAUGAGUCCUUUCAACGCUUGGCUAUUUCUGCAAGGUUUGGAGACACUCCCACUCCGCGGCCAGAGAACCGUCGAGAAUACACUAAAGCUAGCCGAGUGGCUUGAGGCCAACCCGUGCGUCGCCUGGGUACUGUAUCCGGGCUUGAAGUCACAUGCGGACUAUGAGUUGGCAAAGAGGGUCAUGCCGAAGGGAACCGGCGGCGUCUUAACUUUUGGUGUGGCCGGAAAGGUUGAGCAGGUUCGGGCCGUCGUCGAUAAUCUGAAGAUGGCUAGCCAUUUGGCCAACGUUGGAGACUGCAAAACACUCAUUAUCCAUCCGUGGGUUACGACACACCAGCAGAUGCCUGACGAAGAGAAGAUUAAGGCCGAUCUUCUUCGGGUCAGUCUGGGAAUUGAAGAUUUCGAAGACAUCAAGCGGGAUUUUGAGCAGGCCUUCAAGGCGGCUGGACUCCAAACAGCGGAAAAGAACGGAAUAGACCCAUUUCAAACAGCUAUGAACCUCGUCAGCGGUGGGUUUAUGGGCAAACUGGCGACAGGUCCACCCAGACCUGGCACGGACGGUACUAUAGGGUCUUGAAGAAAAAGAAGAGAAUCAAGAGAUGAGGUUUC